CGCGAUUGUUGACUCAUUCGUUAUUCGGCCGGCAUCGUUAAAUCAUGGCGCCAGUGUGUGCAUUACGGACUAGCGGUGUAUUUUUAUUAUUAUUUUUAAUAACAAACACGUGCUCCGUGUCGCCACCAAGGAUAUUUACCGUGCAUAUCAAUACGGUGUCGUGUGCCGAUAAUAAAUGUGUUUAUAAUUUGGAUGUGAGUGGAGAUUUUGCUGAGUGGUCAUUAACCUCCACGCCGGGUCGACGAGGAGAGCUGUGUAAAGAUAAUAUACUGCAACAAACAACUGCGCCCGAUGUUAAUGUUGAAGUGCCAGAUGGAAAGUUUUAUUUCUGUGCUAAUUUUGGCGGCGGCUGGAGACACCAAGCAGUAUUUUUGGAUGGCGGUGACGUCAUCAAUUCUACAAGCUCCAAUGAUGAAGAAGAGAAAGAGAUAGAAGAAAUCAACAACAAUGAAGAAGAAUUAAUAGUAGAAAAAGAAAUCGAAAAGAAUAACAUUGAGAAUUACGAUGAAAACGCAGGAGAGCUAUCAGACGAUUUAGCCGUUAACGACGGGGUAGAACUAUACGAUGUUAUUGUGGAAAAAUUCCCGUACCUACCUUUCGAUGUAGAAAGAUUGAUCAGGCACAAAAGACAAACAGAAAACAUCACAGAUGUUGUAAACGAUGAAAAUACAAAUGAUACCACAGCGAAAAGUACAAAAGUUCUUGUUAAUAAUGGUCCAAUAAAAGUGCUAGGUUUGAGGGUGGAAGAAGCUGAUAAAGAACCGAAGUUAAUUGAGGAGAUGAUACCCAGUGUACUGACAAACACGAAGUUUACAAUGAGGGUAUUUGGAGAAGGGCUGACAGAUGAAACUGUGUUCGCUUUUACACACGUGCCACAGAAAUACGGUUCGUUUUGUAAUCGACUUCUAGUGGGAGAAUAUAAGGUGAACUAUACGGAAGCCGACUCAGCAGUUUUGAUAAUGACAGCUCCAGCACCUUUGGAGGACAACAAAUUUUAUCUGUGCGCGAAAAACACGAGCGGCGACCAAGAUUUCAUACAUCAAGGCAAAGAGAAAUGGAAGAUCUUGGCGACGCACAACAAGCUUCUACCUCUGUGGGCGUCGCUGAUUUUAAUUGUCAUUCUCCUGAUGUUGGCAUCACUGUUCUCAGGCCUGAACUUAGGUCUGAUGGCUUUAGACAGAACAGAGUUGAAAAUCAUUGCUAACACGGGCACAGAAAAGGAAAGAAAAUACGCUAGAGCUAUCAUGCCUGUUCGAUCUCAUGGAAAUUAUCUUUUAUGCACAAUUUUGUUGAGUAAUGUCGCUGUAAAUAGUACAUUUACUGUUAUUUUGGAUGAUCUAACGUCAGGGCUUGUUGCUGUCAUUGGGUCUACAUUGGCGAUUGUAUUUAUAGCUGAGAUAACCCCACAAGCCAUCUGCGCGAGGCACGGGCUGUUGAUUGGCGCGAAAAGUAUUUGGAUAAUGAAGAUCGUGAUGGGUAUCUGUGCACCGCUGGCCUGGCCGACGAGCAAGCUCCUUGAUUACUUCCUUGGAGAGGAGAUCGGCACACAUUAUAACAGAGAGAGGCUGAAGGAGUUAGUUAAGGUCACAAACCACGUUAACGAUCUGGACAAGGAGGAGGUGAACAUAAUAUCGGGCGCGCUGGACCUCCGCAAGAAGACAGUUAAAGACGUCAUGACGAAACUGAAAGACUGCUUUAUGCUGCCAAUGAACAGUGUGCUGGACUUCGAAACAAUGACAGAAAUAGUAAAGUCUGGGUACUCCCGAAUCCCGGUAUACGAAGGUCACCGCGGGAAUAUUCUCACAGUGUUGUUCAUCAAGGACCUGGCGUUCGUUGAUCCUGACGACAACACCCCCCUGAAGACCCUCUGCCAGUACUACCAGAACCCUUGCAAUUUUGUCUUCGAAGACGUCACGUUGGACGUAAUGCUAAAACAGUUCAAAGAAGGUCAUAAAGGACAUAUGGCAUUCGUCCAGCGCAUCGAAGAAGGCGACGGAGACCCAGUUUACGAGACCGUUGGGCUGGUCACACUAGAGGACGUUAUCGAGGAGAUGAUCCAGGCCGAGAUCGUGGACGAAUCCGACGUAAUCAGCGACAAUCGCACGAAGAAGCGUCUGGCGCGUCCACUGAACAAGUUCCAAGACCUGGCGUCGUUCGCCGGACACCACCACAGCCAGCGCGUGCAUGUCUCGCCGCAGCUCAUACUGGCCACCUUCCAGUUCUUGAACACUAGCGUGGAGCCGUUCCGGCCGGAGCUGGUGUCGGAGAGCGUCCUGCGGCGGCUGCUGAAGCAGGACGUGCUCCGGCACGUCCGGCUGCGCGGGGACGGGGACAGGGACCAUCCCGAGCGAUACGUGUACCAGGAGGGCAAGCCGGUGGAUUACUUCGUGUUGAUUCUGGAGGGCCGUGUAGAGGUGACGGUCGGUCAGGAGAACCUCGUGUUCGAAGCUGGGCCCUUCACAUACUUCGGAGUGCAAGCCCUCACCCAGAACGUGGGACUAGCGGAAGCGCCAGCGCCAUCUACGAUGGGUUCAUUACAAAAUCUGAACAUGGACUCAAUGUUGCGGCACACGUUCGUGCCGGACUAUUCCGUGCGCGCCAUCGCCGAGCUUCACUACCUCACCAUCAAGCGGAGCAUGUAUUUGGCAGCCAAGCGAGCUACGUUAAUGGAGAAAGGUGCUCUGAACAAGGGAGGCACCAACGAACAGAUAGAACCUGAAGUUGACAAGCUUCUGAGCGAGGGUGGAGACAGAAUCGACGAGGUGAGAGAGCCAGAGAAACCACCGCGACAGUUCGUCCCCACAUCGGCCAGUUUACUUACGAACGCGUCCUUCAAAACUGCAGAAAAAGCUGACGAGUCAUUUAACCCGGAAGAAGAGAAACUACUAAAAAAGUAGACUUUUUAAAUGGCAACACUCCAUAAUGACAACGUGGCAAAAUGGCCGCCGGCUAUUGCCGUUGAAAAUAAAGCGUAGCAUGAACAUAAUUUAAAUUGAGGUCGUGUUGGAAAUCUGCGGCUGUAUUUCUCAUAUCUAAAAUUGUCUGAAAUUAAAAUCAGUAUAUAUGUGCGAUGCCACAACAAAAAAAAACAUACACGCAUAAACUUCGUUCAAUUUAGAUUAGCAUUUGAAUAACUAUUAAAUGAACUUAAUUUAGAAUUAUACAUACCACGGAACACUGGUUUACUGUAUUCCUUGACAGAUACGUGCAUAAAAAAAUAAUUUACCUUUUUAAAAAAAAAAAACUUGACAUUACAAAUUUGUGGCGCGACAAAAAUGGCGGUUUUGACAGUGAGCAAGCGCGAAAUUUUGUUACUAAAAUCUAUUUGACAGCUGUCAAAUCAGCCAUUUUUGUUUGGCCUUAUAUCUAAAUGCCUGUGGGCUGAAAAUAUAAUUCUCUUCGAAAGAUUUAAAAUGUUCUUUAGUGAUUUUAUACGACAAUAUAAGCCUAUAGAAAUAUUAGAAAUAAAGCUAUGAAAAAAAAUUGAAGAAAUAAAUUUGUUAUUGACCGAGCGAGCGAGGUCUGACAUUCUACUUGGGGCAAAAAUCAUUUUUUGUAUAUAUGUAUGUGUGUUUGUUUGUAAUGCGAUAACUUUCGAACCGUUGGUCUAAUUUUGAUGAAAUUUAAAAGGUAUGUAGGGUCUGUCAAUAGAAUUUUUAAGUUCGUAGGGCAUCAAAAUAUGUUAAGUCGUUUUAGAUUUUUUUGUAAAAACUCAUCAAAAAUUUAUUGUGUUCGCGAGGUCUGAGUUCGGUUCGGUCUUGUAACGGCUCAUUUUAAAACAAUACACAUUUUAUCCGUCGUUAAAAAUACAUAGGUUCCUGUAGCAUUAGUGAGUUAAUAUUGUCACGAAUACACGACAAAAUUUAGCAUGUUAUUAGAUAUACUUAGUUAAUAAAUAAUUAGUUGUUACAAAUAAAAUUGUUUUUUAUGGCUGGUGGGAAAACGUGUAUCACUUCUGACUUUUACAAGUGAGGUUGUAAGCGCGUAAAAAAAAUCCUAUUUUUCCGAUGUCGGGGUAAUUUUUGGCAUUUUUCACUUACCAAGGAGCUUAAAUAAGUACAAAUUUCACCAUUUUACGUCCAAUAGGUUGUCUGUCAGUUAGCUAAGGACGAAUCGGCUACUUGACCGGGUAAAUAAUAAAUAUAAUCAUUAAAUAAUUAUUUCAUUUAUCUAUGAAUUAAAUGUCACUUUGAUUGAUCAGUUAUAAUAAUUAUAAGUAAUUUUCAUUUUUUUUAAUUCUCAUUAAGCCACGUAUACUUACAUUAAAAAACAUUUUACGCGCAAUAUAUCGUUCUUUCCUUAUACGGUACGGGCAUAUUUUAAGAAGAGAUGAAAAUCACGUCACUCAAAGGGCAUUAAAGAUGGAAGUAAAGGGUUCCAGGAAUAGAGGAAGACCUGAGAAGAAUUGGAUGGCGAAUGACAGAACGAAAUGGAAGGAACUUACAUACUGUGCCGACCCCACAUUAGUGGGAUAAGCUCAAGAAGAAGAGGAAGAUAUCGUUCUUUCCUUUUCAUUACAAUUAAAAUAAGUGAUAUCGAAGAUGUGCUAUUUCACUCGAAUCAUUGGUGAUGAGUGAGAUAGAGCGACAUGUCGCGCGUCAAAUGUUCCCUAGUGUAGGGUCUUAAAGUAUAUUAGGAAUGCGUUUUGUUUCCAAAAAUCGUAUAUAUUUUUUAAUUUUUGACAUUACAAAAAAAUAUCUGACUUGAAUAGUUGGAUAGUAGCCAAUCCUACUAAUAUUAUAAAGCGUGAGAGAACAUACACACAUACAUGUGUGUAUGUUUGUUAUUCACGCAAAAUCUAUUUAUUGGACGGAUUGUUAUGAAACUUGGUACACGGGUAGAACAUAACCUGGAAUAACACAUAGGGUACUUUUUAUCCCGAAUUUCCCACGGAAGCGAAGCCCUGGGGCGCGGCUAGUUUCAUAUAUAUAUAUAUUGGUUGUUAUUUAAUUGCAAUAUGCAAGUUUCUCGAACAAAUCUGAUCAAAACACAUAUAAAUAUAUACUUAUCAUGGUAUGUUAUACGUUUUUCUGUCAGUCCCAGAUAUAGACUAUAGUAUUUCACGUCUUUCAGGUCUAGAUAGUAUUAUAAGCAUUUGUUUUGUUUACUUAGUGCGUAACAGUUUUAUUAAUUGAUAGGUCACUGCCUAAUUGAUGCAAAAUCUAAAGCGAAUGGUCAACUAAUUAUUGAACGGUCAAAGUUAGAAAUAAAAAAAAAUAAAGUCAAAUGUUUACUUACUUUUACCAGACAAUGUUAUUAACAACAUUGACCAGAUACAGGCAGCUUCAGCGUCAUUUCAAUACUUCCUUAAAAGUACUUACUUAAUAUGUGUGAUUACCCUAAUUAAAUUAUGUGUAAUUUGUGACAUUUUCGAAAUUAACGAUGCCGUAAAAAAUCUGAUUUUGUUAUCUGGCGAUUGUCAAAUGAAUGGAUACUAAUUAACUAUAAUGACAAUAUUACAUGGUUUUUUAUACAAUAUUACAAGAAUGAUGUUGAAGUUUUUGUGGAAAUUUUAGAAAUAUAUGCUAAAACAUGUGUAAACUCAUUUAAAAUGCAUAGAGAUGUUAAGAAGUAGGGUUGAAAUUGAUACAAAAGGAUUUAAACAUUACUUUUAUAAUUUCAAUUAUUAAUUUAUAAGUAGAUUACUAUUUAACUGGCUAAAAAUAUCAUUAUUCUGUAUAGUUAUUACAGAAAAUCUAAUUAUCAUCGUAGACAGAGAAAGAUAUAGGCCCCGUCAUAUGUUCCAUUUCACUUAUACAAGAAAUAUUCCCUAUUUAAUAAAGAAAAAGCAAUAAAUAAUUUUUCGUCGUAGACAGAGAAAGCUAUUGGCCCCGUCGUAUCUUCCAUUACGCUCAUACAAGAAGGAGCUGUGCGUAUUACAAAUCCAUGAGAAUGAGAAUGAGAAUUACAUAUUUUGUUCCUCAUCACGGGCCACAAUCUACCACUCUGUAUGACUCAGUCUGAUUUUGCCGGGAAAUUAUAUGGAAAUUCUUCUGCCAUAUUUAAUCACACUCAUCCGUCGCAGUGAGUCUCUGUAUUCCCGUCAUAUAGUUUUUGGUUUAAAAUCUUACGUAGUAACAACAAGACCGUAAUUGCAGUACCAAAUAUAUGUGUCCGCGCGCAUGCGCUGUGAGGACAAGUUCGCGCCUGCGCGCUGCAUUUUUUCUACAAAACCCAGCAUAUUUGCAAUUGUUAAACUAUAAAUAUAAUAAUUCGCUCGUAAUUUACCAACCCUAGAUAAACAAUAAUUGUCGAAUACCUAGUAUGAUUAUAUAUAUAAUACUUAGACAAGAUAACAAUAUGAUUUGUUUUAUGCGAAAACGUAAGUUGCAGCGAACCAUACAGUUUCAGUUAAUAAUAUUGACGAUAUUUUUUUGGCUGGUAAUAGUAGUGUAUUGUUAAAGUUAGAAAAAGUUAUAGGUGAUAGUUUUGGUUCAGAUUUAAUUUGUACAUUGCCAUAUGGCUCUCUCUCUCUCUCUUUGCUGAUAUUAUCUUAUUGAGUAAAAGAGAUGGAUAUAGAUAGUUUUAUAUCUGUUAGUACAAGUAAAGUCUGACCCUUUUAGACAGAACUACUUAGGUACUUAUAAACAUUAUAAUAUACGAUAUUUCAGGGUGAAAUAAAAUUGAAUAUUAUAAAAAAAUCUUUUUGUUUAAGUAUAGUAAUAUUAUGUUGUGUUAUCAAUUUGUCAUUUCAUAAUUGUUUUAAGAAUCAAUUUAUUUUCGUCUUCCAACCUGUCAUUUUAUUUCCUAAAAUGUAUUCUUAUUAAUUUUUCAAUGUAAAUAUUCGUUGCGUACUUUAGCUAUUUUUAAAUUACCCGUGCAAUGUGGGUUUUUACUAAAAAACAUAAUUUACAUUGAGAAGUAGGGGAGGUGUUGUUAAUCUGUACAAAUCCGUUUUGUUAGAUUUUACGAACUCAUUUUAGGUUAGGUACGGUCUGUCAAAUAUAAAGCUAAUUUGAACAAAUUAAAAUGAAAUAAAAUUUAAAAAAAAAAAAACAAAAUGUCGAGGAUUUAGUUUUAUUAUAUUAGAAUUUAGCCUAUAAAUUUAUUAUAACUUAUGCAUAUAUUGUGUUAAAAAAAAAACAUAUUAAUUUAUUUCGUACAAAACAUAACAUUUUGUGUUUAAUAAAACAAUAGUUAUAUGACGUUUUGUCUUGUUCUCUCAAUGUCAAAUAUUGUAUAUUGCGAUAGUUACAAAACAUAUUUUGCAUCAUACUGUAACAUUAUUGUUAUGAAUAAGAAGGUACAUUUUGUCAAAUAAAAAAGAUUAAUUGAACAAUUCGUCUGUGAUACGCCAAUUUAUAUCGGUACACCGUCGAAAUAUAUUUUAAAUGACGGCUAUAUAAAAAUGGACUUUGCAGUUGAUACAAACACAAAUUUAUAGGUCAAUUUUACAAAAAAGUUUGAUUUUUUAGGUAUAUAAAUCUACCGUAAUAUGUGCCUUAUACAAAUCAUGUGCUGAAACGGUGCUGGUAAAAUAAUUCAUCACAAUUUAUUAUAUUAUUAUAAUUAUACAAUUAAGUUUAUAGUGAAAUGUUCGUAGUUUCUUCAAAUAAUGGUCCUGAUUAAAUUUCAUGUUAACUAUAUUAUUUCAUUAAAAAUAUUACAUUUUA